GAAUCUGAGUAUGUUUCUGCUCAUCUUCAUGAAUGGAUAGAUUUGAUUUUUGGCUACAAGCAGAGGGGACCAGCUGCAGUGGAGGCGCUCAAUGUGUUCUAUUAUUGUACUUAUGAAGGGGCUGUGGAUUUGGAUGCUUUAACAGAUGAGAAAGAAAGGAAAGCUUUAGAAGGAAUGAUAAACAAUUUUGGGCAAACUCCCUGUCAGCUGUUAAAGGAGCCCCAUCCACAAAGAUUAUCAGCAGAAGAGGUAGUGCAAAGACUAACUAAAAGUGAUACCUCUACUCUGAAUCUCUUCCAACACCUCACUGAGCUGAAGUCAUUCUUCAUAGAGGGAAUCAGUGAUGGUGUGCCAAUUGUCAAAGCUGUUGUCCCUAGGAACCAGUCACGUUCCUUUAUUUCUCAGGGAAGCCCAGAGAUCUUGGUAACAACAAGUCUGAACUGCGUUAUUGGAACUCAUGGUUGGCUACCUUACGAUAAAAAUAUCUCCAACUAUUUUACAUUCAUUAGAGAUACCACAGUGACAAAUCCCAAAACACAACGCAACAUGAGUGGUCCUUUUGCACCAGGGCUGGAGAUCACCUCUAAGUUGUUUGUGGUAUCCCAUGAUGCAAAACUGCUCUUUAGUGGAGGACACUGGGACAACAGCAUCAGAGUGACAUCUCUUACAAAAGGCAAGCUGAUUGGACAGCACAUCAGGCACAUGGAUAUUGUGACCUGCUUGGCAAUAGACUACUGUGGAAUUCAUUUAAUUUCAGGCUCCAGAGAUACUACCUGUAUGAUAUGGCAAAUAGUUCAGCAGGGAGGAGUGCCUGUAGGCCUGGUACCUAAGCCAUUACAGAUCCUUUAUGGGCAUACUGAUGAAGUUUCGAGUGUUGGCAUCAGCACUGAACUGGAUAUGGCAGUGUCAGGAUCCAGGGAUGGGACUGUUAUUGUCCGCACUAUUCGGAAAGGUCAGUAUGUGAGGACUUUGCGACCACCUUGUGAGAGUUCUCUCCUGCUGACUGUUCCCAAUCUGGCUGUGUCCUGGGAAGGCCAUAUAGUUGUCCACACCAGCAUAGAAGGAAAGACUACUCUUAAGGAUAAGAAUGCAUUACAUCUCUAUUCUGUCAAUGGAAAAUAUCUGGGUUCUGAGACUCUGAAGGAGGAAGUGUCAGAUAUGUGUGUGACUGGCGAGUAUAUCGUGAUGGGCAGCUUACAGGGAUUUCUUUCCAUUCGGGAUCUCUACAGCCUGAGUCUGAGCAUCUCCCCCUUAGCUAUGCGACGGCCAAUUCAUUGCAUUUCUGUCACCAAAGAGUAUAGCCACAUCCUUGUUGGCUUGGAGGAUGGCAAGUUGAUUAUCGUUGGUGUUGGCAAGCCAGCAGAGAUGCGCUCAGGUCAGCUUUCUCGAAAGCUGUGGGGAUCAAGCAAACGGCUCAGCCAGAUUUCAUCAGGAGAGACUGAAUAUAACACUCAAGAUUCCAAGUGA